CAGGCGGGAGAGACUGUCAGUCCCGAGAUGGGUGCAAGAUGAGCGCGAACUACUGGGCGCGGGUGUUACUGGUGACAGUGUGUGCGACCGCGACGCCUACGCCCCUGACUCAGGGUUACCCGGGGCUCCGGUGCACCUUCGAGGACCUCUGUGCCUGGAGGUGGAACUCCUCCGAAUGGGAGGUGGCAGGGGCCGGAGCACUGCCGGCCAACUUCUCUGCGGGCCCGCGGGAGGAUGCCGACAACAACACGAACGGUCACUACCUGGUGACGGGGUGGCGGCCCGGGGAGGUACGGGUGUGGAGCCCCAAGUUUCUGGGUACCCGGGAACUGUGUCGUCUCGAGCUACACGCACACAUGACACACAUGACCUCUGGACUUCUCAAGAUUGUCGUGGAGACCAUCCAAAAUAAGAACACGUCCUGGGUCCUGGGCGAGCGGUCCGGUACCGACUCUAGAACGUGGGAGUACUACAGCUUCAACGUGGGCAGAAUCAAACAAGAGUUCAACAUCGUCAUCGAAGUGAUAUUUGGAGAACAUCUCCCCAGUAUGGUGGCUCUUGACAACCUCAGAAUGAUUGACUGCUUUCAUGAGAAGAAGAAGGAGGAAUGUCUCCCGACACAGUUUCUGUGCAGCAACUCAACUCUGUGUAUCGACCACCACCAGGUCUGCGAUAUGAGCCUGGACUGUCCGGACGGGUAUGAUGAGCAUCAGAACUGCGACAAGGUGAACGUAGAGGGGAGCAGGUGUAACUUUGAGUCCGGAAUGUGUGGGUGGAACAAUGACAAUGAAAAUAGGAUGAACUGGACGCUCCACUCCGGACCCACGGAGACGGACCACACCGGACCCAGUGUGGAUCACACGUACAAGAAUAUCACUGGCAAGUACAUCUACGUUGAGAUGUCGGGUUCAGCGAGACUAGGGGCGGCUUCUAUACUGGCCAGUCCACUGUUCAACCCUCCACCCCCGGUCGUUAGCAACAUCUCUUCGCGGCACUACAACGCUUGCUAUGUGACUUUCUACUACCACCAGUACGGGCCUCACAGUGGUUCCCUUACACUCAUGUUAAAGGAACAGUAUCAUGCUCAAAUCAAGGAGCUAUGGCGGAGUUUUGGUGACCAGGGCAAUGUCUGGAAGCGUGUUAUCAGACCACUACCUCCUGUAUCACAGAGGUAUAAUUUAUAUUUUGAGGCAAAGAAAAGCUACUCCAUGAGAGGCGAUGUAGCCUUGGAUGACUAUGCCAUGAGUCCUCAAUGCUUUGGAAUUGGAGACUUUACAAAAGAAGAGCUGAAUAACUAUGACUACGCAAAUGCAGGAUCAAAUUAUGAUUGGUAUGAUCCACAAUUGGAAGAUCCAAUGGGCAAUGGAGUCGUACAUCAGUCAUUCAGAAACAAAACUUAUUAUGUGUUUACUACUUGUGACGCCAAUGGUACAUCCGGCCCCAACCAGGAAAACUGUAACAAGGCGUACAACAGCACCAAAGUCAACGUUACUGUUCUCUCAGAGCGGACCUACAAUGGGAUCCAGAAGUGGACUGUGCCCAAGGAUGGCUUCUACACUAUCAUAGCAGUGGGAGCAAGUGGGGGUAGAGGUGCAGGUGGCCUAGGGUCCAGUCGGGGGGCGGAGGCCAGGCUGGUGAUGGAACUCUUUGUCAAUAAGGAUCUCUACAUCCUGGUUGGACAGCAAGGCACCAGCAGCAGCAAGAAGUCCAUGGUCUCGAGACCCCUGUCCCCACCUGUUUCGGGGCCGAAAGCUGGUCCUACAGGGGGAAUGGAGAAGCUGAGAAUGAUGCGGAAAGAAUCGGAUAAUGGAGAUCUUAUUCCAGUUGGAAAAGUCCAUACUGAUGCUGAUAUGCGGUUAGGGCGGUUCGGUUCACUGAGGAGAAUUUAUGCAGACUCGUAUGGCACUUUAUCCAAGAACUCAUCAAAGGUGAACACACAGCCGAAGUCCAGACUCAAGGACACACUCACCAAGAUCAAGACUAUCACUGUGCUGGGGGGAGGAGGAGGCGGUGGAGGGGCAUCUUACGUCUUCUAUAUGACCAAAAACAAGGAGCGGAUACCACUGUUGGUCGGGGCAGGUGGAGGCGGACUGGCUCAUGGCCCCUCAGUGGACGACGGAAGUCAACACGGCAAUGAGCCGGAGAAGAAUGCCCGUAACCAGACGGGCGACGCUUUCGGUGAAUCUCCUGCAGGGGCGGGAGGAGGAUGGCUUGGUGGCAACUACACUUAUCGAGACACCACAGGUCUGGCAUUGGUACAAGGGAGUACAGGAGGCAGUGGCUGUGUUGAGGCAUUCCUAGGCCAUGGUGGCUUUGGUGGAGGUGGUGGAGGCUGCACGGCUGGAGGAGGUGGUGGCGGCUUCUCAGGAGGCCGAGCAUGGUCCGACAAGGGGCGUAACGGUGAAGGAGGUUACUCCUUCAUCGGUUCUAAUGGUACCCUGGGUCACGUGGUGAAGGGAGCUAACUUAGGAGACGGCAAGGUGAUUGUGAUCCCUGCGGUGGUGGGCUGCGGUUGUACGUAUCGCUGUGUGGCACUCGACGCACACCGCAGCACCACUAUGUGUAUCUGUCCCAACGGUUGGGUGCUUCACAGUAACCGCACCUCCUGCAUCAUGCUUACUCCGCCUGAGCUGGACACUGACCACACACUCUUCAACAGUCCACAAACCAUAGUGUUGGGCAUCAUUGUCAUAUUUAUGGCUGUCAUUAUCGGAGCCGGCUCUUUUUCUCUUUAUAAUAAGUACCAGCAGAGCAACGCUACUCGGUUCCGGCGCAAGAUCCUCAACGGACCAGACCUGCAGCUCAACCGACUCCGAGUGGCGUCUGACAGUAUGAUGACAGAGUACAACCCUAACUACGAGUUUGGCGGCGGCACCUACACGAUACGCGACCUCAAGGAUAUCCCUCGUGAGCAGCUCAGGCUUGUCAAGCCUCUUGGGCAAGGAGCUUUUGGGGAAGUUUAUCAAGGCUUCUUCAGGCAUAGGGCAGGUGAUGCUGUGGAAAUGCCAGUCGCUGUCAAAACGUUGCCAGAGUUGUCCACAAACCAGGCAGAGACCGACUUUCUGAUGGAAGCGCUUAUCAUGAGCAAGUUCAACCACCCGAACAUUGUCCACUUCAUCGGAGUCUGCUUCGACAAACAUCCACGGUUUAUUGUCAUAGAGCUGCUGGCUGGAGGGGACCUCAAGACUUUCCUACGGGAAUCACGUCCCAAACCGGAGCGAACUUCUCCACUGACGAUGAAAGACCUACUGCAGUGCUCGGUGGACAUAGCUAAGGGUUGCAAGUACAUGGAGGACAACCGGUUCAUCCAUCGAGACAUUGCAGCACGCAACUGUCUGCUCACUACCAAGGGGCCGGGCAGGGUCGUCAAGAUAGCAGACUUUGGCAUGGCCAGAGAUAUUUACAGAGCUGAUUAUUACAGAAAAGGUGGGAAAGCCAUGCUCCCCAUUAAAUGGAUGCCUCCUGAAGCAUUUUUGGAUGGCAUCUUCACUUCAAAGACUGAUAUUUGGUCGUUUGGUGUACUGCUUUGGGAGGUGAUGUCACUAGGCUAUAUGCCGUACACGGGGUGCGCCAAUCGAGAGGUGAUGCAGCUGGUGACGAGUGGAGGAAGGCUGGAACCACCAUCAAACUGUCCCGCACCUCUCUACGCCAUCAUGACACAAUGUUGGCAUCCUAAACCUGAGGAGAGACCAACGUUCACCACCAUUCUGGAGAGACUGGGUUACUGCAUGCAGGAUCCAGAUGUGGUGAGAGCGCCGCUACCCGUGUUCUACCGGCCACCGUCGACAGAACGUGACACUACCAUCAUGAGGCCACCGCCCAACGACGACUGCCUGCAGCCUGACUACUUGGUGCCGUUAACUACCUCGCAGUCUAGCCAACCUCUGCUGGAUACCAGCAACAACAACAAGCCUGUGCCAUACGCGAACGUGGCGGUAACCCAGGCCGACACUGUGCCCACUGCCGCACCUGUGGGCCCUUACAUAGUGUCUACACACGCACACUCACAUGCCGAUCUGCCCUGUUGAGGGACAAGGAACGAGACUGGUGGAGACAGGGUAUGGUGGCCGACUCAGCCCCCUACAAACGUGCGGAUGUCCGAAGAUGUAUUAUAGCUUACCGUGGCAUAUAUACAAUACAUUCUGAUACCCUUGUACUAGAGAUAUAUUUUCAGUCAAUCGAGUAUUUUUUGUACAAAAAAAUCUUAGCGUGUAAAAAAUUGGUAUGCUUUUGAAGUUUGUAGAGUAGCAAUGGGGUCAGGGAAGAGCUUGGAACAUUUUAUUAUACAUAUAUAAAAGGGUCUCGUAGAUUACGAGAACCCGAUUACAUUCGUGUUUGACUGUUGUGUGACAGUUUUUAAUUGCUUGUGUGAAUAUACUGAGGUUAGGAUAGAGUCUUAUUUUGUAGUAGAUGUUGCACAUAACUUUUCUAUUGAUUACAGGUAAAUAGUUUAUUGAAUGUAUUGAAAUAAACUUAUAUUGCAACACAUGUAAAAAUACAAGCCCAACAUUUUACAUGUGUGUUUUUUUUUGUUGCAGUAAAAAUAUUCAUUUAUAAGACCAUAUAUGGAUUCUUUUUACAAAUGAACAUAAGCACAAACGUAUAGGGAGAAUAGGCUGAUACAUGCUUUUUCCUUACAAUUUGGAAAAAAUACAGAGAAAGGAGCUUAUUUUAAACAUAAUCAAACAGUUUUAUGGUAUAGUAAUUAUACCUUUAAAAUUAUACAAUACAAUAAAUAUGUUUAUUUAAAUUAUUCGGUUUUGCCAAUUUCAAUUUUUAUAAGUGUUGACUUUUUAUGUAUUGAGAGUUAUAUAAAACCCUAUCUUUCCUACUCUUUUUCAACCCACUUAUUUAAUUUUAAAUGAUUAUAGAUUAUAAUAAUUUUUAGUUUUAUAUAAGUUUGGAAAAAAUAUAGGAAGUACUAUAAGGUUUCACAUGGUUUUAAGUUUUAAACAGCUUAUUAAAUAAGAAAAAGCUCAAUCUGUAUGAACUUUAUGUUUUUUAAAUAAUCAAAACAUACAUUGAAUGGGACAUAUUUCAGGAUAAAUAUAAAUUAAUAAUGGAUAUGAAUAAUACAACUAUUAGUUUCUAAAAUAAACAAAAAAUAUACUCAGAGAGCUCCUAUACCUCUGUUUACCAAGAAAUAAUUGUUACUCCUAAAAUUACGGUAAGCUCAGUCCUUUACAAUGUUGUGAUCAGAAUUAAACAUAGAUUAUAUUUCUACUAUUUUUAAUUUUACUAAACAAUAAGUUUGUAUUAACUGUUAAUCAUGUGCUGUAACUACUUAAAUUAGAAAGAGACUAAACUUGUCACUUAACAGUCAAACUGUUACCGUAGCUCAUUUGGCAGUUGAGUUUUUUGUGUUCCAGUUGGUCGACAUGACACGACACGAUACGGCAUGCAAGGUGGGAGGUCUGUGAUAUUACUUAUAAGUUCUAGUUACUCUUAGUUAUGAGCCAAGCCCUUCCCCACCAGCUGUUGAACUCGGUUCAGUUUGUAACCGCAAGGCUGGACAAGAAGCCAACGUAGCGUAAUUUAUGACUUUUGUACUUAACCAUAAGUUGUACUUGUACAGUUAGUAUGUAUAUUUUGGUGCAUUCAGCGUGUUUGUGAGUAUGAGUGUGUAUGUGGUUGUUAGUAAAUACAGUGCGGGGAAUGCAUGUAUGAAAUAUCUAUAAUUAUAUAAAUGUAAUAAACACAUGAACGUAUAAUCAUUAGUGGCGGUUAUAUUGUGUUGUAAUGAUCAGAACAUGUUUCAUUCAUAUUAAUGUGCUUUCUUCUAGGUUUAUAUUAAAACACUGAUCUUUUUUAGUUUUAUAUUAAAAAAUACUUUUAUUUUUGUUUUUUAAGUCUCAACAUUUUUCAUGAUAACGAUUAAUAUUUGACGUCCGGUCACUCUGCCAUACUGACAGAAAAUCUCUACCAAACUUAGCUUUCAUCUCUCCAAGACUCCUUAAUUUUCAUUUCUUUCUCCACUGAAACAACUUUGGAAUUUUCCAGGAAACUGUCUUUGAAGGGUUUUAGUUUAGAGCAUCUCAUUUCAAUCACUUCUGCUUCUGGAGAAUAUGACAAUCUAUUUCCAUGUUGCUCUUUAACGAGGAGAGCCUCUCUUUCCAAUCACCUUUUCUACUUUGGGAGAAUAAGGAAAUCCAUUUCUACAUUGCUCUUUGUCGGUUUGAUAGCCUCUCAUUUGAAUCACUUCUGCUUCUGGAGAGUAUGGCACUCUAUUUUCACUUUGCUCUUUGGUUGAGGGUAUCUCAUUCCAAUCACUUCUGCUUCUGGAGAGUAUGCCAAUCCAUUUUCACUUUGCUCUUUAACGAAUUAAGAGACUCUCUUUCCAAUCACUUCUUCUGCUUCUGGAGAGUGUGCCAAUCCAUUUCAACUUUGCUCUUUGACAGAUUGAAAGCCUCUCUUCCAGUCACCUCUUCUUCUGGAGAAUAUGGUGAUUCAUUUCCACUUUGACAGAUUGAGAGGCUCUCAUUCCAAUCACCUCUUCUGCUUCUGAUGAGUAUGGUGAUCCAUUACUACUUUUGCUCUAUAUUAAUAGGCUUGUAUUCAUUAAAAAUUUACUUUAUUUCUCUCGUAGUGUCAUUUAGUUCCGGUUAAAAUAACUAUCAACAAAUUUCCUUCAACAUACAAAAGUUUAUAUUAGAAAAAAUAGUCACAUUUCUAAAACGUAACAUAAACAUACCCAUCUUGAUCCAUGAUUACACAACUUCAGAAUUACAACUUAUGUAAGAUAUAUUGUUAUGACCGUUACAACACAACCUACCACCAUGUGAUUUCAGAGUAGAGUGUCUGACUCUUGAACCUAUAAUACUGUAUUACAACAUAAAAUACUAUCCUGGCUCAAUGUUAUUAUCGUUUUUGUAUAGUUAUUUCUCCUCCAAUAUAAUUGGUAUGUAGUUCAUGUCAAUAAUCUUUAUUUGCUCAAUGGUGAUGUUUUUUACAUAGCUGUCCCUGUUACCUCUGGUCAGCAAGGAAUCAAAAAUGUCUUAAAUUUCUGCCAUUUUUAUUGUUAAAGUAACUGAUAAAUUUUGUAUGCAUUGUACAAACUUGCUAAAAUAGAGUUUAUAAAAAUAGUCACUUUGAAUGAGUGAUGCGAAUGAUUUUUUUAAUAAUAUUUUUUACCAUAAUAUAUAAACAUUUACUUCAGAACUCUCUUUGUAAACUUAGUGAGUUUCUUUAAAAAGUAUUUCCAUUUUAUGAACAGAGAUUUUUACUGAAAUGUUAUAUUCAUGAAAUGCCUUCUUUGUAAUGUCAAUAGAAAUUCAUAAUAGUUUCUAAAAAAACACUUUUACUCUUUGAAGCAUGGAUUUCCAAGAAAAAACCUAAAGCGUAUAAUUUGGUUUAGAUGUUGAUUUAUGUGGAUUAAAGACAAUAACAAAUCAAACAGUUAUAAUGAGAUUUAACAAACUGCAUGGUACUUAUAUCACAGUCAUUUUGAUGAAAAGUUGAUAAUUUAAUUUCAAAUCUUUAUCAAUUGAUCACACCUCUUGUCAGUCAAUAAAUCGUGCUCAAGGUAUUUUGAUACAUUUUUUAUAUUUGGUAAAAAUAUCAAAUUUGAUCAAAUAUUUAGAAAUGCCCUCAAAUUUGGAUCAAACUGACACACCAAAAUGUAAUUGCAUCUUUUUAUGGGAAUUGCUUGUUGUUUCAUAAACGAAGUGUGUAUGUACAAAUUUUUACAAAAAGCCAUAAGAGUCAGUAAAUCAUUAAAUAGACAAAAUUUUAAUUGGGAUCCUCUUUUAAUGAUGUUACUUUAUUAUUUGAGCAGUAAUAUAGUAACUGUUUAUUUUUACUACAUUUUUAUUUGGUUUUGUAAUGUUAGGUUCACAAAACUGGAAAAAUCCUCUUUUUGUGAUUUUAUUUUUAUCUCAGUAACUUCUAUGUGAGCACAGCAACUUCUAUGUGUCUGUCCAAAAUGUAUCCGACCUGCAUUUAUAUCUUCGAACCAGAGUGCUUGAGCGGCCUCUGCAGGGUAUGAGUGUAACUAGUUACCUGAAUGCUGUAGUUUCUGGUUGACAACAUUGGGUCGCGCACAGCAUGUGUUUAUGUCAAGUGUGGAUUUUUCUGUUUGUCACAUUUGUGUACUGUUGAAAAUGACAAAAAAGAACUGAUCAACGAAUUUGCAUCGUUUUGCUUCAAUCUCUGCCAAAGUUGUACGGAGACAAUGGAAAUGAUACAGAAGGCCUUUAGGGAUGAAAGUAUGGGCAUAACACAGAUAAAAGAAUGGUAUAUGCAGUUCAUCAAAAUCUUGUGCAGCAAUGUUUGGCCAAACACAAGAUUGCACAACUUUGCCAGCCUCCAUAUAGUCCCGACAUCGCUCCCUACGACUUUUGGAUGUUCCAAAAAUUGAAACUGGUGCUCAAAGGAAAUGUGGUUUAACGAAAUCGAGACGAUUCAAAGUAAUGCGAUGCACGAGCUGAAGGCCAUUCCAAAAUCUACGUUUUAUGACUGCUUUAAAAUGUGGAAGCACAGCUGGAAGUGUGUAAUAAAAUGGGGCCUACUUCGAAAGAUGCCACAGCCUAAAAUUAAAUGUAUGAUAAAUAAUGGUGUAACUUAAAUCUUUCAUGGCCGGAAGUAUUCUUGACUACAUCUGACAAAACUAACACAACUGGUGGUAUUUGUAAGUGUACAUCUAAAUUAUAUCAUAAUUAUGUUUAUCAAAGUAUGAAGUAUAACAUUUUUUUAAGGGUGCCAGAUAGUACAGAGUUGCACGGUUUUACAACGAUAAAAUGUUCUUUUUCAAUUAUUACUGGUUAUGCCUUAAGUAAAAUCUGUCUAAUUUGAUAAUCCGAGUUCUUAUACUUUCUGAUGCAGUGCUUUUUAUGCUGGGUAGCAUAUUUAUUUACAGAAAUCGCGAGAAGUUGUAGUCAUUAUUCUGAAUCCAUGUUGCUGAGGUCAUUUGUUAAACACACAAGUCAAUUGAUUUCUAAUGUAUGGUGUGUACAUGAACACACUAAUUCCCCAAGAAAAAGAAUCAAGUACGAGUGGCAUUAGUUACCGGUAUAAUUGAAAACAGAAAAAAGUUAAAUGAUAAAUUAUUUAAAAGCUCAAAUCAGAGAAUAAAUGAAACAGAAACUAUCUGUGUAAGUCCAAAUCCAAACUUGUUAUUCAUUAUAACACUGUGCAUCUGCUCUGGGGAGAUGAGUUAGCCCUCUGGAAAUGCAAGCAAAGGACAAUCUUCAACUAUUUGAUGCAUCUGUCUUGAGUUUUAGCUCCGCAGUCACGAGAUUGAAUGGAAUCCUGUCCCCACCUAACCUUCCAAGUCCCACUGCUACCCUUAUCAGUAUGAAAUCUAUGAACUAAAGUCUGUUCUCUCUGAGGCAGUUGCACACUAUCCACUAUUUCCGUUGGAUUGGAAUGAAGAAGUUAUGUCUGCCAUCAAACGCCACACAAAAUGUUAACCAGGCGUUUUUGCAUGAAAACUCAUUCCUCUUUAGGUGACUGAUAGCCUGUGGGUGAUAGACAUGAAUGUCUGGACUUUUAUGAAACCUCUAUCAUGUGGAAGAUCCCGUCAGAUAUACAAUUUGGGGUUUGAUCAGAUCUAGUCAUAUUUUCUUAGCAAGGUCUUUUUAUGGCAUAUAGCAGGGGAGCAAUGUUACUAAGUUACAGGAGUCAAAGAAGAGGAGUCGUAGUCAGAGUGCCUCUUACUGUCCUUAUAACCCUGUUAAGUUGUACUUCAACUCUUCUAGUAUGCCAAAUGUUUAGCCAGGAGGAAGUACAGUAUUCAGGUGUGAAGUAGAGCUGAGAUAGACUUCCUCCAGACAAUGUCAUAAGCCACUGUAAGAUUAAAGAUGAAAAUUUAAAACAGAAGCCUUUCUACAGAAGCAGCUUACAUCACAAAUUUAAAAGUGCUACUGGUUAAUAGCUUUUUAACUGGUUCUGGCUCUUUGUCUGAUAUCAACACUGCAAUUACAUAUUUUCAAAGAUUUAGAUAGCUUGCCGAUUGCUAGAAUUUUGUUAUAGACAGUCAAGAACUAAGUUCUUACUUUUGGGCAGUGUUCUUCAGUAAUUUUGGAAAAAUUCCAUUCAUUCCAGGCCUUUUUUCCAGUAACAAAGCUGUGAUUGGCACCUCCAGCUCUUACAAAGUAAAGUUCGGGAACCUCCAAGGAAGCUUGUUGACUCCUCUUUAUGUCAUGAAGGUUGUGGUAACCAUAUCUGUCAAUAGGUUGGCAUUUAAUGUUCUAUAGAGCAAAAGCACACUUUGUUAUACCACCAGGUCAAUUGGGUUAUGAUAGUGCAAUUUUAGCAAACGGUUUCCCAGUGGAAAGUUUCCCCAAUAGAAACCAAGAUCUGGGUUAAAAAAACAGAACCCUUGUCCAUUUCCGUCCUACGGCAGUAACAAUCACUCUAAAGAUCUGCUGUAUUGCCAGUCUGUUUGAAGCCUUGGAGAAUGGUAUAUGAAUUGAUGCAAUAAUUAUAAUAAAUGAGUGGAAAUUAUCCACAGAGUAAUACUUGAAACCAUUAAUUAUCAGAAGUGAAUCUCAAAUUAACUAACGGAGGAGGAUACUACUAACUAACGGAAAAGGGUUUCUUGUUAAUUCAUAUCCCCACAUUUAAAAAAUCUCACUUUCCAUUCUAUUGACAAAACAUAUAUGUAUUAAAGUGAAGCGUAUGAAAUGGUGCUAAACAGAUAGUAAAAUUCAUCACAAUAGUGUUUCAUUAUUUAAGUUACCAUUUUGAAGGUUUCUACAGUAUAUUAUGUUUGAGACUCUGGGUUCCAAACACUAUAAUAUUAUGAAAAUCUGAUUAUUUGUUGUAGUAAUCUGAAUACAAAUUACCUAAUUAGUUGAUCAUUAAAGUUAAUUUUUAUCUUUUAAUAUGCAUUAUUGUUGUAAAUAAAAAUUGUAGAUAUGUAUAUUUAUUUAAACACUUGCAUUUGCUUUAUCCACUUGUUUUUGAUGUUUUUAUAAAGUAAAUAUUUCAAUAGUGAUAGUACCGUUAUUAUUUAAAGUUAGUUUAAAUAUUUUAUUGUAGCGAUUUAUCAUAUAAUUAAUUAUUUAUAUACAAAUAAAUAAAAUAAUCUGUUAAACUCUGUAAAUGUUUAUAUAAGUUACAACUUGUUGGAACCGUGUAAAAAUAAUUAAAAAUGGUUGUGUAUUAAAAAUGUUUUAUUGGCAAAGGUAUUUUAUGCUUCUAGUCUUGGUUCUUGUACUGUACAUGGCUAGUGAUAAAUUAUUAGAAUAGUACAAAAUGUGAUGUAAUGUUUUAUUUUGUGUAUUUAUUUUUUCUCAAGUUCCUUUUAUGAUUCAUUUCAAUCAUAAAAGUUUUUAAAAGCUUUGAUAAUAUUGUUGUUACUUAUGGAUAUUGGAGUUAAAUAUUGAAAGGUGGUCACAACUGUAUUUGUAUUUAAUUACAAGUACAAAUAUGUAAUAUCUGGCGAGAGCUUGCACCUAUUUUGAAACAUUGCAGGAACGUAAUUGCUCACUAUCAAUAUUUUAUCAUUUGUGGUUAAGCUUAAGGAAACUUUUUUUAAAUAUAGUCCUUCAACCCUUCCAGUAUCAGUGGUUAUACAGCAUUUUUUUUAAUGUGUUUCCUUGCAAGUGUUUUUUAACUGUAUUUGUCGGUAAUACCUAAUGCCCCACUUGAACAAACAAUCUUGAAGUCCUAGAUAAAUUUUUGUGAUUAGUUGUAAAUUUUUAAUAAAUUGGUUUAACAUUUUUGUUAUUAUUUUAUAAACAUAUCUAAAAAUGUAUAUAAUCAUUUUAACGAUCAGAAAUAUUAACUUGUGGAAGAAUGUUUUAUUAAAUUCUUUAUAUAAUAAUGCUAGUAAAAAUGAGUUCAUAGUAGCCUAUUAUACAGGGUGGUGCAUAUGUCAGUUUUCCCAGAAGAUAAAUUUAAAUGUGUUAUAGGUUAAUUGAAUAUAAGUCAAUUUGUUUAAUAAAAUUAAUGAUAUUAAACUACUUGCAUAUUACCAUACAAUGUUAUAGCAAUUGUUCAAAAUGUCCACCUUGAUUUUAUAUACACUUCAUACAAGUACUAAGAACAGAAUCAAACAUUUUUAGCAAUAAAGGAUUAUCGUUAUUAACAAGUUUUAAUGCAUUUCUAAUUAGGUUUCUGAGUUCGCCAAGAUUUUGCGGUUAUGAAGCAUACACAGCCUCCUUUAUAAUACCCCACAAUGAAAAAUCACAUGUGGUCGGUCAGGUCUGGCGAGCGCGUAAGCCAAUCGAUUGUACCACGGCGACCAAACCCAUUCAUUAAACGUGUUUAAAAAAUAUCAAACUUGGAUACCGAAAUGUGCUGGGGCACCAUCUUGUUUCCAGAUGAGGGAAUGAAUAUUGAAAACAGGAUUGUUUCUGAGCUCGAGAACUACUACUUCUUGCAGCAACUGUAACUUUCUGAGUUAACAUUUUCUUGAAGAAAAUAAGGACCUAAUAGGGACGCAGUACUGGAAAUAUACCUCCCGAUACCAUAACACCAGACACAUUGAGUUCUGCUUUGAUUACGUUAUGAGGAUUUACAUCCAACCAGUACAUGCAGUUAUGCGGAUUAACGCGUGCAUUUAGUUUGAAACAUCGCACCACAAAAUUGAUUGCAAGAAAUCUGGAUCAGCCUCUGAGCGGCUCACAGAAUUCUAAUCGCCUAUCGGAAUCAUACUCGUGAAGCGCUUGGAAUAAAGAUGAACAGUAUGUCUUAAAUUUUAAUUGCUUUAACAUUCUUUGCACGCUUCUUGAUAUUUCUAGUUCAGCAGAUGCCUAACGAGUCGAUUUAUUGGGACUGGCUACAAAUGCUUGACCAACUACCUGCAGGUUUGCUUUGUUGCAAAUUGAUCGUGGAUGACCACACUUCGGAGAUUUAAAACGCUUCCUGUGUUUUCAAAUUUCUCAUUUAACUCCCGCAUAUACAUACUGUCGAGUGGGUAUCGCGACACCUGAAUAUUUACCACCAAAUUCUUAAAUUAUUAUAGCAGUAUUUUUAUUAUGCUUCAACCACAACUGAAGAAUAUAAACUCGGUAUUGGGUUGUAAACAUUUAAAAAACAAACAAAUCAAUACACAAUUCUAUUGAUUUAUUUUAACUCCCGAGUGCUGUAAAACAAUAAAUAAUUGUAUAGGUUUUCUGUUGAAAAGUGCUACACGACCAUAUAUAUUGUAGCAUGUAAUUCAUCCAAAAUAUCUGUUUAAUGCAUAUUUAAAAACUAAAUGAUUAGAUAUUACACAGACAAAGGAUAUCAUUGACUAGAUAUUGCUGCAUGGUAUUUUUGUGCAUAUAGCACAUGGAUAUAUGACAGUGCCCAAUGCUUUAAACAAAGUUAUCUUCUUUUCAGUUUCAUUUUAAAUACUCUGUGAAUUUUUACCUCUUCCCACAAAAAUACAUUAACCAUUGAGUUUUUCGUCAUAUUUUACAAUAUUCAAGAGCCCACACAUGAACUAAUGCUGCCUAUUUUGUGAUUAAGGCAGGUAAGAGGCCAGAUGUUAAGAACAAGGGCCAAAAUAUACUAGAUCACAAGUUACGGCCAUUUAUUUUCAAAAAGAGGUAUAAUAAAUAAUGAAAAUGCAAUUAAAAGUCAAAGGUGCAAACUCUCACACUGCAAUCGUUACAAGAAAUUUUAUUUUAUUACAUUUUAUAUAACACACAUGUAUUAAUUUAAACUAAAUUUAUACUCCUGACAUUGUAUGUUAUGUUAUUCUAUCGAAGUCAAAUAAAAUGUAUAUGUAUGCUGUAAUUUUUGUCUACUAUUUGUAAGUUUUAAUUUUGAAAUAAAAAUGAUACUUAAGAAUGUCAAACUUGUAUUCCUUGCUGAUAAAGGCUCAAAAUGUUAAUAAUUCCUUUGUGCAAUAAAGCUAAGGGUUGGUUGCUUUGGUUCAGUUUUAGGCCCUGUGUUUCUGUGUUGCUUGCGCAACCAUAUUGUGGGUUGUAUUCCAAUGUGUUUUGUUUGAUAACAGUCAAUAAAGUAUAUACAUAUAA